CCAGAAUAGGUAAGGAACAGAGUUUCACCUUAUCUUAUCCAUAUCCUACAAGACAAACUUAAUAAUCUCCCUCCAUCAUCAUCAUCAUCAUCAUCAUCAUCAUCUUUGAUGAAAAACAAGUGCUAUAGCUUAUACCUCAUAUCUCCAAUAUCCAAUGGCAGAUAACAAAGACAUUGAAACAGUGAUCAGAAGAGUCACCUCUGUAACCAACCACCUUGUUUCCUCAUCACCACCUCAACUUAUUUCCUUGUGUCACACUUCAACUUACCAACGUGUUCAUGGUGAUGUUCCUUCUCACGACGUAGUUUGGAAGGUUGUUCCUUCUGAUGAUGAUGAAGGAAAGGUUUUCACUGACAUUCUCUAUGAGAAAUCCGUUGGUGAAGGAAUUGCCAAGAUUAGCAUUAAUAGGCCGGAGAGGAGGAAUGCUUUUCGACCUCAUACGGUUAAGGAGCUUAUUCGUGCUUUCAAUGAUGCUAGAGAUGAUCCCUCUGUUGGUGUCAUCAUUCUCACGGGAAAGGGAACAGAUGCAUUCUGUAGUGGUGGUGACCAAGCCUUGAGGACUCCAGAUGGUUAUUCCGAUCAUGAAAAUAUCGGUCGCCUUAAUGUGUUAGACUUGCAGGUGCAGAUUCGCCGCCUUCCAAAACCAGUAAUUGCAAUGGUUGCAGGGUAUGCUGUUGGAGGAGGGCAUAUAUUGCAUAUGGUUUGUGAUCUAACCAUUGCAGCAGAUAAUGCUAUCUUUGGCCAAACCGGUCCUAAGGUUGGGAGCUUCGAUGCUGGUUAUGGAAGUUCUAUCAUGUCACGUUUGGUAGGUCCUAAAAAAGCACGCGAAAUGUGGUUUCUCACAAGGUUCUAUACGGCUGUUGAAGCAGAGAAAAUGGGCCUUAUCAAUACUGUUGUACCACUAGAGAAUUUAGAAAAAGAAACAAUCAAAUGGUGUAGGGAGAUACUCAGAAAUAGCCCAACCGCAAUUCGGGUUCUCAAGGCAGCUAUUAAUGCAGUGGAUGACGGGCACGCUGGACUUCAGGAAAUGGGUGGAAAUUCAACAUUGAUAUUUUAUGGCACUGAAGAAGCAAAUGAAGGAAAAACUGCAUAUAUGGAGCGUCGACGUCCAGAUUUUUCUAAGUUUAAUAGAAGACCAUAAUUUCAAAAGCAUUUAUAAAUUAUAUGUAAGUUAAUUUUUGUUGUCAAUUUGGGUUAUGGACUAAAAUCUAUAGAAUAACACUGAUUUGGUUCAUCAGUUCAUGUUAGUUUAUUUGAGGCUGAUUGAUUUGUGAGCUCUAAAGCAAAAGAAUGUUUAUGA